AUGUUAAUCUUUUCAGACUUCCUACCGUAUUUAAAAGUGCCCCUGCAUACCAUUAUUAAAUUGACUCCAGUGGCAUAUGGCUGUCAGGUCGAUGAGAUCAACAUUCCUAUUGAAGCCGUCAACACUCAUCGCGAGAAACCUCUGGUUAUAUCAAAGACCUAUCGUAACUCCUAUAGCGAUAACUUUUCGCAAUGCUAUAACACGAUCCGCACUAAUGAUCGAAACUCACAAUACAUUUGUGGUAAACCUUUGAGGACUCGAUUCACCAGAACUUCCUUUAAAGACCUUAUCCUUAGAGAAGAUAUUGAAUGCGAUUUUUAA